GACAAAGACUGCACAGCGCCACCAUGUGGAAGUACAUCGCCAUUGUGUCAGUGUUUGGAAUGUACCUGCUCAGGACCCAGCAAAUCAGCGCGCAAGUGUUCGGCUACGAACCGGACGUAGACUAUCCGGCGUUUGAUAGGAUUCCCUCCGGCCUGACGUUCCGCUGUUCGGACAAACUACCCGGCUACUACGCGGACGUGGACACGCGCUGUCAGAUCUGGCACUGGUGCCUCCCGAAUGGCUACAUGUUUUCCUUCCUGUGCCCGAAUGGAACCGUGUUCAAUCAAGCUCACCGAGUGUGCGAUUGGUGGACCAACGUGGACUGCGGUGGAUCGGUUGGAUUGUACGACAACAAUAACGAACUUUAUCGGGACGUGGAAGGAAAUCUGAUAGCUGGAUAAUGGCGUGCGAUUAUUUGCGAAAUUCCUAUAAUUUAUUGAUGUUAAGUUUUAAUCGUAUCUAGCGAAGACAGUGACGUUAAAAUUUACCUUAUCUUUUGUGACUAUGAGAA